AUGGAAAAACCUUCGCUGUUCAUCAAGGUGACGUGCAAACCCGAAUGGCCGGAAAUCAAGGCUGCACCGCUGGGGCCGAACGACAAAGCAUGCACUGACCGUCCGCCGGAUCUCAUUGCACGAGUGCCACUCAAAGCCAAGUCCGGCAACAAGCGACGGGCUGGUUCGGUGAUGAAUGGAGAAUCGUUUCUUUGCUGUAGUCCGUAUUGUUUUUAUUUAUUUAAUCUCUGCUGA